CAUGGUUCUCUUGUUUCUCUCGUGGCUUGCCGUUCUGGCUUCGGUCAGUGAAGCGAGCGUCCGCACGGACCUCAAUGGCAUUGAAAUUAUGUUGCAACGGGUGAACAGACAGAUUUUGAAUGUUGGAAGUGCAGUCCGGACAUCAUGUGCUAGCUGUGGUGGCGGCUGUCCGGAAUGUUUCCGAAAUGUUGCGAUAAGGGAUCUCUCUGAGGAUCUCGAUGAGCUCAUGGACAGCUUUCAGACCAUUCGGGGCAGCAUUGGUUCUUGCAGUGAUCAAUCUAAGACAGUGAUGUGGAGUGGCUUUAACGGAGAGGUUAUCUCAGUGGAGGACUCGACUGGCACCGUUACUACUUUUAACCAGGCUGGGAUAAGAAAAGUGGAGUAUGACGAUGCCAUCGGCCGUAUCAUCUACACCGAUAAUACAGGGAUGGUCUUCUCCAAUCUUCCUGAUGGCUCGGACCCGAUAAUGCUAGACGACCUUACAGCGGCAAACAGAUUUUUUGGAAUGGCUGUCAUAUCGGCCAACAAAUAUAUGUUUGGCGGGGGAAACCUGUACAAGUACGACAACGGUGUGACCACGAUAAUAAACUCAGACUUCGACCCUGCGUUCUUCAGACUCAGCUAUAACCCAACAGAUGGGUAUGUGUACGCCGCCUCAGUAAAUCUAACACCCGCCAUCUACAGGGUGGAUUGUGAUGGUAAUGUCGAAAUUGCCUAUCGAACUAAUCCUGCUAAUGCCGGGGUGACGAGUAUUGCAGUCGACGUUUCAGCUCAAGUAGUAUACUUCACGGAGCGUAUCCCUCGAACACUCUCCAAGUACAACCUGAACACGGGGGUGGAAACCUUUGUCCUGGACCUACGCGCGGAUAUCACUGACAUCCAUAUAGAAGGGGACAGCUUAUACAUAGCGUUCGAUGUCAUUGGAGUCAUUGAAGAGGUGUCGCUGGUGUCCGGGUCCGUGGUGCGGGAGGUACUGAACGUACCUACCGCUGUUCCCACCGUUGCUGCAUGGAUCGAGUGAGUGAGUGCUUCUGUCCAACAGGUGCCCCUCUACCUGAA